CUCUCACUCAGACACUCACACUCAACCGGUGCUUCUCUUCUAACUGACAGGGAAAAGACUGACCCACUACUAUUGCAGAGACUCUCAAGCAACUCUCAAGCAACUUUCAAGAUCAUCUUCAACUAGUUCAUCUUUCAACACUUCAACUUCAAUUUAAGAGAUGCUGUGCCUGUACGUGUGGUUCUUCCUCGGCCUGUCCGGAGCCGCCAUCUCUAACCUGCAGGAGAAACAGACAGACUUUGGGAUGCGGGUCUUCUCCCAGGUGGCCCAGAACUCCAAGGGGUCUAACCUGGCCUUCUCCCCCUACGGCGUGGCCACCAUUCUGGCCAUGGCUCAGCUGGGAGCUGGGGGCAACACCCUGAAGACCCUGAACGCCAAAUUGGGUUUCUCACUACAAGAGCGAGGGAUGGCGCGUCAGCAGCGUCUUCUCCAGCGAGACAUCUCCAGUGAGGAGGGAGUGGAGCUGGCCAGCGGCGUCAUGGUGGAGAGAAAGAUGGCUCUGGAGAAAGGCUUCAGAAGGGGGCUGGGGAAAGCCUUCCAGGCCUCCCCUCACCAGCUGGACUUCUCCAGGCCAGACCAGGCCCUGGACAUCAUCAAUGCCUGGGUCUCUGACCACACUGCAGGUACCAUCCCUUCAUUCCUGUCUUCCGGUGCUCUGACCGAUGAGACCCGUAUGGUCCUGCUGAACGCCCUUCACUUCCAGGGGCUAUGGAAGGUUCCCUUUGACCCCAAGAUGACAGAGGAGAGGCUAUUCCAUUGUACCAACGGCAGCUCCGUGCCCGUACCCAUGAUGAGGCUCACACACCGCUUCAAAUACGGUGAGUUUGUGACCCCCGACGGCGUGGACUACGACGUCAUCGAGGUUCCGUACGAAGGCGAGUCCCUGAGCAUGCUGCUGGUCUCCCCCUUCGAGCCCGAGAUGCCAGUGAGCUCCCUCAGUAGCGAGCUGACCACCCAGCGGCUGCAGCAGUGGAGACAGGAGAUGAGGAGCGUUAAACGUCAACUGGUCCUGCCCAGGUUCACCCUGGACUCUGAGGUGGAACUGAAGUCUAUUCUAAUCCGGAUGGGGUUGGGGGAUAUGUUCAACCUGGCCAAGGCAGACUUCACACGCAUCACCACUGAGCAGCCUCUGUGUGUGUCCAAGGUUCUGCAGAAAGUCAAGAUUGAGGUGAACGAGGAGGGAACCAAGGGAUCAGCUGCCACAGCUGCCAUCCUGUUCUCUCGUAUGGCUGUAGAGGAGAUCACAAUGAAUAGACCUUUCCUCUUCCUCAUCCAUCACAAGUCCACAGGUGCUGUUCUGUUCAUGGGUCAAGUCAACCAACCCCAGCAACACUAGUGACCAAUAGGAACCCUUGAGACACAGACUCGAUCACAAUGACCAUGGACACUCCUAUCAUUCCAUUGGCAGGGAUACCUGUCAAUCAACUUGCUACUGAAACCGACCAUGAAUAGUUACAUCUAUGACCUUGACAUUAACUACAAGUUAAUUACACAUAUCCACCUUACCGAAAGGGGAAAAUGCAUAUAUUUUGAUAAGUGAAAGUUUAUAUAUCUGUUAUUUGUUCUUAUGGGAUAUAUUUUUUUAAUUGUAAUGUGAGCAAUUGGUAUGGUUGAAAAUGAAAUUGAUAUGAAGGGAAAAUGAUUGAAUGGGAAAAAAGAUGUAUGAAUUUUAUUUGUAUUGUUCUGUAUUGCUCUGCUUGUUCCAACAAGUUGUGUUUUUAAAAUAUUUAAAUAUUUAUUAAAAUGACAAACUUAAAAAAAAACGAAUGUGUUGACGCCUACAAUUUAAAAUGUUUGCAUAUUAGUGUCAACCUCUUGUGUCCAUAACAUGAACAGUGACUUAGAAAAUCAAUUAUUUAAUUGGAGUAGUUGGAUCCAGAAAUAUCGGUUUUAAUUCAGAUUCUGAAUACAAUAAAAUCAGCCCCACAGUGUGACAUAAGCUGUGUGCAGCCUGCAUGUUGUGGUUGCACUAAAUGUAGGCAACAGAGCAGAGGCCUAAAUGUAAUAUUGCCUGCAAUAUGUAGAGCCUCUGAUAAAACCGCCAAUUUAACUUGUGUAUAAAUCUAUAAAAAUCUCUCUGACUAAA